UUUUCCUCCGGCCUAGGUGGAAGUGCAACGUGCAGGGGUUCCCUGUCCCCACCUCGGCCAUCGAUUGAGAGGCCUUUCGCUUAGUUGGAGAAGAAACCCAGAAGUCCUGCGCCCCCACCCCCAAACCUCCCCUCACCUACAAAACCGGAAUCUAGCAGCCCUUCACCAAGGAGGACCCAGGAGCCCUAACCUUAUUCAUGUAUUUUUUGCAUUUAUAUCCCACCCUUUUGUUCAUGGAGCUCAACGUGACGAGCACAUGAUUCUUUCCCGCUUCCUUUAAUCACCACAACAAGCCUGUGAGGUAGGUUAGGUUGAGAGUCACCGACUGGCGCAAGAUCAUUCAGGGAGCUUCCUGGUUGAGUGGGGAUUUGAAGUUGGGUCUGUGAGGUCCUCGUCUGACACACUAACCCAGACUUUCUCGAUCUUGGGUUCCCAGAUAUUGUUGGGCUACAAUUCCUGGGAGUUGUAGUCCAACCACGUCUGGGGACCAGAGAUUGAGAAAGUCUGCUUUAACCACUGAACCACCUGGCUCUCAAACUUCUCACCACUCCCCUCCAAAAAAAAGACCCCUCUCUUUCUGUGCCCAGCACCAUCCACAGCCAGGACAGACCCAGGAGCCUUUCCUCCAUACUGCAUCAUUUGUAAAGCCAGGACUCCACAUUCUUUCUCCCCCUUCCCACCCUCACCUCCAAAACGAAGAGCUUUUCUAUUCUCCCUGCAAAAACUACAAAGCCAAAGUCAAUGAUCCUUCUCUUCCCCUGCAACAAUCACAUUUAAGCCCCAGGAGUACUGACCACCUCCCAGCCCACAAAAACAGGAGGCCUACCCUGUCUCUCUGUGCCAAGGAUGGAAUAUAGAAGUUCUGCUGCAUCCUGGGACUGCAACCCAGAGUCUUGCUGCCCAAGUACAUCCAGAGCCAGGAAUGGAGCCCAGGAGUCUCCAUCAAUAGGAGUAUAGCAUCUAGAUCAAGGGAAGUAAUAGUACCACUGUAUUCUGCUCUGCUCAGACCUCACCUGGAGUACUGUGUCCAGUUCUGGGCACCACAGUUCAAGAAGGAUACUGUACUGACAAGCUGGAAUGUGUCCAGAGGAGGGGAACCAAAAUAUUAAAAGGCCUGGAAACAAUGCCUUAUGAGGAACGGCUUAGGGAGCUGGGCAUGUUUAGCCUGGAGAAGAGAAGGUUAAGGGGUGAUACGAUAGCCAUGUUCAAAUAUAUAAAAGGAUGUCAUAUAGAGGAGGGAGAAAUGUUGUUUUCUGCUGCUCCAGAGAAGUGGACACGGAGCAAUGGAUUCAAGCUACAAGAAAGAAGAUUCCACCUAAACAUUAGGAAGAACUUCCUGACAGUAAGAGCUGUUCAACAGUGGAAUUUGCUGCCAAGGAGUGUGGUGGACUCUCCUUCUUUGGAGGUCUUUAAGCAGAGGCUUGACAGCCAUCUGUCAGGAAUGCUUUGAUGGUGUUUCCUGCUUGGCAGGGGGUUGGACUGGAUGGCCCUUGUGGUCUCUUCCAACUCUUUGAUUCUUGUUGCACCUUCAGCAUGUAGCCUGGAGUCUUCCACUUAUAAAACAGAGGCAGGAACAUGACAGGCAGGAUGCCUGUUGCCUUUUGACUUUGAAACCAAUCCCUUAAAAUUCGCAGCUGCCUUAGACUUGCACCAUGGAAACCAUGUCAGCAGGACAUCCAGGGAGACUGGGAGCAGUUGGGCUACUAGACCAGCAUUAGGCUGGAAGGGUCAGCAGACAAGUUUGUAUUUUCCCCAGGCAGCUGCCCAGCUGCUUGUAGAGCCCUACCUUGUUUUGAAAACUCGGACACAAAAGUAUAGCAACAUCUACUCACUCUUGCCAUGAUGAACGGUGGCCAACUUGUUGCAAUGCCUUGCAGUCUUCCUAGGAGGUCCUACAAAGGAAAUCCUGAUGCAGCCUUUUCCCCUGGCAACUGAUGUGGCCAGCAGUGGAUUGUGACUUCAGUGCAGAGUGAAAUGGGAAGUCCUCAUCUUUAAGAGCUUUCUAUGCCUCCCUCAAGUUUACCGCUCUUGACAAACACAUUGAAUGGACUAAGUGGUUUCCCUCUGGCAUCAAGGCUUUGGUGGAAGCCACGUUUUUUAAUGCCUUGGUGGCCCAGACCUUUGCUCCUUGAAGUGGGAAAGAAGAGCUUCAGAGACCUCCUUCCUCUACACGAGGCUGACCUAGAAGAGCAGUUUGUCCGUGGCUCUGGACCCGGAGGCCAAGCAACAAAUAAAACCAGUAACUGUGUGGUCCUGAAACAUCUUCCUUCAGGAAUCGUAGUCAAGUGCCAUCAGACAAGAUCAGCAGAGCAGAACCGCAAAAAAGCUAGAGAGAUCCUCCAGGAGAAAGUGGAUGUUUUCUACAAAGGUGAAACCAGUGACGUUGUUAAGGAGAAACAGGAAUUUCAGAAGAAAAAGCAAGAGAAGAAGAGACGAGCAAAGGAAAAUCUUGAAAGGAAAAGGCAUUUGAAAGAAAUGCAAGCAUUAGAGGACAAAUAAAACAGGAUUGGGCAAUUGUGGGUUUGGUUUUUUUUAAAUAAAAAAACUCAUCUGAUUUGGUGUGCAUGAGAGGGGGACACUUGCCUGGUUUUGGUUUUUUAGAAUUGUGAGAAAAACUGCCUGCAAUUCAGAGGCAAAAAUACAAGUGAUGGUACACUGUGAUAUUUGUAGAUGUUUCUCAUUCCAUCGUUUCAGAUGGAAAAGAGCUUUUCUACCUUUGUGGUAUCCAGCAAUUGAGCCUACAAACCAACCUUGCCUCCCCCUUAAGAAGUUACUGCAUCAAACAUUUUCUAGAUGGAACCCAGAUAGAUGCCUCUUGUUUUAAGGCAGGAGUAGGGCGACUUCCUGUCUGCACUUUCAGGAACUGGUGCCCAGUUGCCUUUCGGUAAUAACACAUCAGUGGUUUUGUGUUUAUGGACAAUCAACGUUUAGCUGCAAGCCCUGCCCUAGCCUCUGUCAUCAGGUCAUUACCCAAAAUAAGCCUCCAUCUCUAUGAAGCAACAGUUGACAAUGCUGGAAAUUGGAUUUGGAGGGAAACGGGAACCCAGGAGUAGUACUGGCUGAUCAACUAUGUCAUAGACCAGAGCUUUUCAAAAAGUGGUGACACUCUUUUUAGAUAUGCAUAUUUCACCGCAGAGUAAUUCAGUUUUACUAGCAAACCGACAGCUAAACUAACCCCUUAUAAGAGCAUUUGUGCAACACACCUUUCACUUUGUACCCAAUACACUAACGUGUUGUGACAGAGUUUGGAAAGCUCUUUUAUAGACCAACUAGCUGGCCCUGCCACCCGUUGCUGUGGCUCAGUCUGUUAAAUGGAGUCAGUCCCCCUUCAGAGUCCCAUUUUACGCGUGUUCUGUUUACACAAGCGCAUCCCUGUGAGUCCCCCCCCCCCAAUGCCGAUCCAUGGCGUAUCCCACCCCCUCUUCCCCCCACCCCCGGCUCAUCCCUGUAAUUGGUCCCACCGUGUCCUGACCUAGCGAAGACAAAGAGCUGUGAAGCUGCAGAAGCGAAGAUGAGACUGUGGGAAAGC